UCCAUGUCGAGAGUGCUUUAAACUUUUCAUUCAAUAAUUAAAUUUUUGUUAUAAAUUACACAUUUUUUUUUAUAAUCUGAUAAAAAAUAUUUGUUAAAUUUGAUGUUUGACAAAAAUUAAGUAGCAAAAGAGAGACGUUAAAAAAAGAAAAACAACAAAGAAAGAGAGAGAGAGAGAGAGAGAGAGAGCCGAAGAACUUAGCAAAAGAAAGGAAAUCAAUCGAAGUGUUAUUCGUUUUUAGGUUUUGUGGUAUUAGCUUUUGUUGAAUUCAAACUGAGUCAACUCGACCGAUUGCAUUUCAUCUUUCUCCUGCUCCUUUUAACCUUCCAUCCAUCCUAUCAUUUUCUGCUACCAAUUCUUAUUUGAAGGUUUCGAUAUUUAUUUGUACGGAUUUGAUUCAUCAAUGCUCUGGUGGGUUUCUUUCAGAUCUCGCAAUCUGGGUAUUUUGGAUGCAUUUCUGGGAGCAGAAACUUAUACUCUGCUAGGUUAGAGACAAAAGUUCUAAAAUUUAUGAAGAAAGAGAAGAGACAGAGCACAAAUGGUAGGCAGCCAAUCUGAAGAAUUUGGUGAGUAUGAAGAACAAACACUGGUCCGAGAAGUAUGUGCAAAUGGUAUUUGCAUGAAAACAACUGAAGUUGAAGCAAAGCUUGAUGAGGGAAAUAUUCAAGAGGCUGAAUCUUCUUUACGAGAGGGGUUAUCUCUUAAUUUUGAGGAAGCGAGAGCCCUUCUUGGAAGAUUAGAAUAUCAAAGAGGUAACGUUGAAGGUGCCCUUCGUGUUUUUGAUGGCAUUGAUCUCCAAGCAGCUAUAGAAAGAUUACAACCAGCCUUUUCUGACAAACAGUCUUCUAAGAAGGGUCGCCCUCGCAGUGAUUCACAGCAUGCAGUCUCGCAGCAUGCUGCUAGCCUGGUUCUUGAAGCAAUAUACUUAAAAGCCAAAUCUCUUCAGAAACUCGGAAGAAUAAAUGAUGCUGCAAAAGAAUGUAAAAGCGUGCUUGAUGCUGUGGAGAAAAUUUUUCAUCAGGGGAUACCUGAUGCACAAGUAGACAAUAGAUUGCAAGAUACAGUUAGUCAAGCUGUAGAGCUACUUCCAGAGCUCUGGAAGCAGGUUGGUUGCUAUGAUGAAGCAAUGUCUGCUUAUAGGCGAGCUCUCCUUAGUCAAUGGAACCUUGAUGAUGAGUGCUGUGCAAGAAUUCAGAAAGGAUUUGCAGUUUUCUUAUUGCACAGUGGAGUAGAAGCUGGCCCGCUCAGUUUAGCUGCUCAUAUUGAUGGUUCAUAUGUACCUAAACACAAUCUGGAAGAGGCAGUUUUACUUUUGAUGAUUCUUAUUAGGAAAUCUUACCUUGGAAAAACAAAAUGGGAUUCAUCAGUUGUGGAGCACCUAACAUUUGCACUAUCACUAUGCAGCCAAACUUCGAUUUUAGCAAAGCAGCUUGAAGAGAUCAUGCCUGGGUUAUUUCAUCGUGUUGACCGCUGGAAUACUUUAGCUCUUUGUUACUGUGGAGCAGGAAAACAUGAUGUUGCUAUAAACCUAUUGAGGAAGUCUUUGCACAAACAUGAACGCCCUGAUGAUCUCAUGGCAUUAUUGUUGGCUGCCAAGAUCUGCAGCGAAGAUUCUCAUCUUGCUGCAGAGGGUGUGGGAUAUGCACAAAGGGCAAUCAGUAAUUCUCAGGGGAUUGAUGAACAUCUAAAAGGUGUGGCCAUUCGCAUGCUGGGUCUUUGUUUGGGAAGGCAAGCAAAAGUUUCUUCCUCUGAUUUUGAAAGGUCUCGUCUUCAGUCUGAAGCAUUAAAAUCAUUGGAUGGUGCCAUUACUUUUGAGCCAAAUAAUCCGGAUCUGGUUUUUGACUUGGGAGUUCAAUACGCAGAGCAACGGAAUCUGAAUGCAGCUUUACGAUUUGCAAAGCAGUUCAUUGAUGCAACUGGUGGCUCCAUAUUAAAAGGUUGGAGAUUGCUUGCACUGGUUUUGUCUGCUCAACAGCGAUUCCCUGAGGCUGAGGUGGUCACUGAUGCUGCAUUGGAUGAGACUGCAAAAUGGGAGCAAGGACCAUUGCUCAGGCUAAAAGCAAAAUUGAAGAUCUCCCAGUCACUGCCCAUGGAUGCUGUUGAAACUUAUCGUUACCUCCUUGCAUUGGUUCAAGCUCGAAGGAAAUCUUUUGGUCCUCUCAGAAGUAGUUCUCAGGCUGAGGAUGAAAAAGUCAAUGAAUUUGAAGUUUGGCAAGGUCUAGCUGGUCUAUACUCUAGGCUUUCGCAUUGGAAGGAUGUGGAGGUCUGUCUUGGAAAAGCCAGAGAAUUGAAACCGUACUCUGCAGAAUUGCUUUACACAGAAGGCAUAAUGUGUGAAGGACGCGGACAAGUUCAAGAGGCUAUGUGUUGUUACAUCAAUGCUCUGCUACUUGACCCAUCUUAUGUGCCUGGCAAAAUAUUGAUUGGAGCCCUGUUGUCCAAGAUGGGCCCCAAUGCAUUGCCAGUCGCAAGAAGCAUACUAUCAGAUGCAUUAAGGAUUGAACCUACCAACCGAAUGGCUUGGUAUUACUUAGGAAUGGUUCAUAGAGAUGAUGGACGGAUGGCUGAUGCCACAGACUGCUUUCUGGCAGCCUCUAUGCUUGAAGAAUCCGAUCCUAUUGAAAGCUUCAGCACUCUUCGUUAAAACGGGCUGCAGUUCGUUAAAGCCAAAUCUAACCAGUUUACAUUUCACCAUUGUAUGGUCCUAGUACCUGGGAAGGACCAUUUGUCAUUAUAGAUGAUUCUCCUACUUUUAUUUUCAACCUAGCACUUGAUUAUAAUCAGAAAGGAAGGGUAGUAGGGAAUUGAUAGCACUGACCACAACUGGAAGAGGAGAAUUCUAGUAGCAUUUGGAUCUACUGAAGCGUAUAGAUGGGUAAUGGUAUUUAAAUAAUUUAUUGAUUGUUUGCAAUAAUAGCUCAGCCAUUGUAAUUGUAUGUUGAACUGGGCUAUAGUCUAUUGAAGAUAAUUCUUUAACAUUGUUUCUUCUGUAUUCUUUAUGUUUAUUUUUAAUACUUGGGUAAACAAUUGUACACUUGUCUUUUCUUUUUUCCCUUUUAGCUAGAAAGGUGAUUAUUCA